UUGUUUCUAAUUUCUAUGGUGAUCACAAUUUCACAAGGCACAGAAGACACGGGCAGUGAUUAUGUUGUACGAACUCGUCUUGGAUCUAUCAUAGGAAAGCGUUACAACUCGUAUAAAAAUCAAGGAACGUUAUACAAAUUUCUUAAUAUUCCAUAUGCAAAACCUCCUGUUGGCCAAAUGAGAUUUGCAAAACCACAACCUCACGGUCCAUGGACAAGUCCGCUAAACGCCACCGCAGCAGGACCCAUAUGCUACCAAACUGUCACACCACUCUCCAAAAACUUUAAAUUAUCAGAGGAUUGCCUUCAGCUUAAUAUCUUUGUCCCAAACAAUUUCGAUCCAUCAAAUAAAAGAAGUGUAAUGGUUUGGAUCCAUGGUGGGGGAUUUCUAACGGGAUCGGGGACAACAUACGACGGCGGAUUUCUGGCUUUAACAGGAGACGUUAUUGUCGUAACUAUAAAUUAUCGAUUGGGUAUUUUCGGAUUCCUGACGUCACGAUAUUAUAAAGCAAAAGGAAAUAUGGGUCUGCGGGAUCAGAUACUUGCACUUAAUUGGGUACGUUAUAAUAUCCAUGACUAUGGUGGAAACCCCAUGGAUGUCACAAUCUUUGGGGAAUCGGCGGGAGCAUUUAGUGUUUCUCUUCUUGCUUUAAUACCUAAUAACAGAGGUCUCUUCCACAGGGUAAUUGCUGAGAGUGGUGUGGCGAAUUCACCGAUAGCAUUAUCAAACGGGUCUUUCUCUACGAUACGAACCGCAGAGAAAGCAGGUUGUACCCAUGACCAUUUCAUGCCAAGUAAUGAAGCUUUCUUACAGUGUUUAAGGGCUGUAGAUCCAAUGCAAUUGGUAAAUGCAACCAAUGCUUUCAUAUCUGAAUUAGGAGUUCAGAUCCUUUCUUUUUCACCUUUUGGCCCAACAAUUGAUGGAGAGCUUUUUAGAAGAGAACCUGCAAUUCUCUUAGAAGACAAAACUUCUUCAGAAUUUAAUUUUUUCCAGUCGUUAGAUUUUAUGAUUGGUAACUGUGAGAAUGAAGGCUCUGUUGUCGUAGGCUUAUUCCCGGCGAUAGAGAAUCAACUUCACAUCAACAUUAGUUUGGGUGUUCCAACCAUGGAAAUGUGCAACACAUUGCUUCCAUAUUUGUUAAAUGAAAGGAUAAAAUCUAACAAUAAUGUAUUAAACGCUGUGUGUGAUGAGUACACAGUGACUGGAGAUCUUAGCGAACAAGGACGACAAUUCCUGAACUUCGUCAGUGAUUAUAUAUUUAUAGCAGGAACCACUUCAUCAUUGGUUCAUCACUCAAACAAUCUUCGGGGAUCGAAUACAUACCAAUACGUAUUUUUUGAUGAAAAUGCGUUUUUUAUCCCAAAUUCUCCUUCCUGGUAUCGAGGUUCCGCCCAUGGCACCGAAUUAACAUAUUUGUUUUUGUACGAACGGUUAAAAUCUCAAAUUAAGUACCCAGAGGGCGCCGAAAUCUUGGUAAACCAAAUGAGGUCCUAUUGGACAAAUUUUGCCAAAACAGGAAACCCAAACGGAUCCGGACUCCCACUUUGGCUGCCCUUUGAUAGGAAUUCCAGUCAUCCGUUCAUGAAGCUAAAGUCACAGGGAACAGGAAUGGGAAUGAACUACAGAAAACCGUACAUGGAUUUCUGGAUGAAGAGAAUCCCGGCCAUGUUAUCUGAGUGUGAUCAGACAAGCUGCGCUUUACCUGUUGUGGGGUAGCAUACACGUGUCUCCAGCUAGUGUCUCCAGAUCUCGUAUAUACAGCGUGGUACUGUAGUAGGCUUGUUUUCUUUUCGUGGAAACUAUCAAUCAAAUCUGUAUAUAUCAUAUUCAUGUACUAUGUUAUAAAACAUUGGUAGUGUAUUGUGCUGUUUCUGUUAAUUUGUUUACAUGAAGAAAAAAAUAUGAAGAUAACAGUGAACACCGCCGCGGUGGCUGAGAGGUUAGAGCGUUCGCCCCGCAUGCGGAAGGCCGGAGUUCGAAUCCCGGCCGCGACAGACCUAAGUCGUUAAAACAGGUAGUGACAGUUCCAUCGCAAAACGCUUGGCAUCAGGUGGGAAUGUCACGGGUCCUCGGAGAUGACCUUAAAAACGGAUGACCCGUGUCACAGUAGGUGUGGCACGCUAAAGAACCCUCACUGCUCAAUGGCCAUAAGCGCCGAGCAUAGGCCUAAAUUUGAAGCCCUUCACCGGUCUUGGUGACGUCUC